AUGGAUGCCGUAGUAGAGACGCUAGGGAGACAAGCAGUAGAGGUGGGCUUACAUGACGUGAAUCCCUCGUCCAGUCUAAUAUUGUGUGCUAUGUCCUGCCUGGCUGCCUGUCAUGGGCCACAGGGGACGAGGCACAAGAGCACCGGGCACAGUGAUUAUGUAGGUGGCCAAUCGUUUUCUUACACUGCCACGACAUGUCCAAAGGGACGAGCGGCGGCGAGCGGCGACGACCAGUGUUGGGGACAGAACAGUUCAACAGGAUAA